AUGGAUUUCGGACCAAAAGGAUAUGUCAACGAUCGCCAUGGAGAUUGUCUCAUGCUCUGCGCCUACAAUGCCAGGACAGUCUUCACCAACGCCGAUCUUUACGCCCUUUUCGAAGCUGCAGGGCGCAUCAAUCACGUAUUCGCUUUGCAAACAAAGUCCAGGAAGAGGGAUGUGAGGCAGCUGAGUGGCGGCACACUCAUCAUUCGUGAAGAAAAGGUUCCAUCACGGAACGAGGCGUUGGUUUUGUCGUACAUCUGUUGUCCAUCUUGUCGAUUGGCAUGA